UUGGCCCCACUUUUUGCUGAUACCCUCUCUGCGAGUGAACCUAAGAAGGCGCUGCCUUCCUUCCCUAAUCUCUUUGCUCCAGCUCGCUCAGAGGCUCCUCUCUUCAAUGCCUCUACUUUCAAUGGUCUGGCUCCUUCGGGAACCUCUGCAACUAGUGUUGCUUCCUGUACCAGUAUUACUUUUGCCAAUGCUGCUCCAUCCACUGCAACUACAGCCACUAAUGGACUUGGCGCUCUUGUAUCCAGCCCUAUCUUUGGUUGCGGAAGCCUGACCGCGUCCUACAAUCCUAGCCUCUCGCUUACUACUACCACGACUACAGUUGCCUCCAAUGCCACUUCUGGUAGCCUGCAAUCUACGUCGGGCCCUGGGAACUUGUUUUCUUUUGGUCAGCAGCAACAAACUAAUCUCUUCGGGUCACCGCAAUCUGGAGCGUUUACGACCGCUUUUUCUUCGCACGGCAGUCAGGGUCUCUCAGGACUCUUUCAAUCUGCCGGCAUUACUCCUGAUGCCACUGCCGCCGUUUCAGUUGGUAGCCCAUUCAGCACAACUAAUCUCGGUAUGAUUAAUUCGCCUCUUGCUUCUACUACUUCUACUAAUGCUGUGACAACUGGUAGUAACGCCAUACAAUUGCCAUCGGGUCUAUCCGUCUUCGGCUCUGCUCCAAGUAUUGCCACAUCUCUGUCUACUGUAGUGUCCACUGCGCCCUCCCUGUUCUCUUCUCCAAAGGUUGGCUCCAACACACCCGUUUCCACAGUUUCUGCAAUGUCAUCUCCUCUUUCGGCCCUUACUGUCGCUCAGGCUCCGGCCCUAAACAUUGGCCUAUUCCGUUUCGGUCUGCAGCCAGCUACUUCGACGACUACUACAACUCCUAGUCCCCUAUUCACCUCGCCAGGGCCAAAUGGAGCUGCGGGUGCAACAUUGACUGGCAUUGCACCUAGCUUGAUUUCUCCCGGUUCUUCCUCCGGUCUUUUCAAAUUUGGAGCCCAGUCUCAGACAUUGAACUCAAGUCCUGGCAAUGUGCCGUUUAUGUUUGGACAGGCAGCACCCGGCUUCUCAUUACAGCCUAAUAUUGCUUCAGUUGGCCCGAAUGCCACUCUAACCUCAACCCCACCUGCUAGUAACCCCUUCCUUUUGGGUUGCACAACCACCCGCCCCGGAGAUUCUUCCCUGCCCGGGUCGGCAGGCAUCGCUUCUACGGCCCAAGCAAGACGUCGCACAGCCGCUGGAGCCCGUCGCACUAAACGAUCUUAG